AUGGAGCUCCUUCACAAUACUUUACGUACACAAACCGGCCGUCUUGACCAGCAAUGGUACUUCACGGACGCGAAGUUUGCCGCCCGACUGGACGCUGAGCAUUGGAUCUCAACGCCUAACAUGACGUGGAUACCUACCGUUUCCCUCGAUACGAUCGAACUCUUCCACCCCAAGUACACGCACCUGUGCGUGCUCCCGAACCCACGCAUGGGCGUCUCCGAGCUUCCGAUCUCAGUGCUCGACAACGUCGGUCCAGAGAGUUGGCGACCCAGCAACACCGUCGACGAGCACGGCAACCCCCUCGUCCUCCUCCAUCCCGACCGACGUGUUGUCCUCGCAGCCGACCUCGAGUUUCUGCACAUCCAGGUGUCCCAAUUCAUCGCAGAGGAUGCGGCGAAAUCCGACCGCCGCGGUCCAGAGAACAUCCAUGCCGCCCUCAAGAACUUCGCGCUCUCCGCUUCCGAGGCGGUUGAACGGAUGCGCAGCAUUCCCGUCACCUUACAACGCUUCCUGUGGGAGAUGCGUGAGUAUCAACGCUACUACGCCGAGGCCUCGGCGUACAUGGAUUUCGUCAACACGUUCAACGCUCGUAUGGUCGACACGAAGGUCCACCAGACCGAUUCAAGUCUCAUGGGAGCCAUCUCCGCUGACCCUGCAGUUGUGUCUCGGCUCUACCGCGCUGGGAUUCCCGUCUGGUAUAUCCGUCGCUAUUCGCAGCUCGUCCCCGAGCUCAAGAUUCAGGAAGUCGUCGAGCCGUCUCUACCGCAGGAGCGCGGUGUCAUGAUCUUAGAAUACGAUCCUCCAUACCCAACGCAAUAC